GUACGGACCCCUCCCACUUUCGAUGUCGCCUUCGCACAUCUGAUUUGACAGAAAAGCGAUAAUACAUAAUAGUAAUGAAGUGACGGUUCGCUGCUGGUGCUGGUUGUUAUUUCUGGUAAACACGACUGAAUGGGUCAAGACACUGCAUAGCCACAAAAAUGAAGAGCACAGACACAGAGUCGGUAAUUAAAAGCUGGCUGCAUGAAUGCCAACACAUCAGCCAAGAGGAUUACACUAGCUUUGCGAGAAAUCUUUCCGAAAGAGAGGACACUGCAACAGCAAUUUUCAGAGUUCUCGAAGACCGGAUUAAAUAUGCUGAGUGCAUCGAGCCAGUUGUUGGGCAGCUGUACAGCUUUUACCAGAGCCAAAACCGAAGUUUACAAAGUUACACUUUGCAGUUUCUGCCGUCACUCGUUUUUGUUUGUUUGAAUUGCGUAGCUCAUGGUGAUAAGCAGAGCUGCCCUACCGUCGAAACACUCUUACUCGGCAUGUACAAUCAAGAGCUUCUUGAUAAAUCAGGAAAACCCAGGGUUUUUAAUUUUCGAAUGCCAUCACUUGCCCAGGCCUCAGUUUAUCAUGAACCCAUGAGUUUGGCACCAGCAAGUUUGACGGAGAGUGCACUGCGAAGGUUGGAAGAAUGCAAUACCCACCUGGUGCAAAAGGGACCUUAUCAACCUGAAGAGAAACUUAUUGCCCAAAACAGGCUGCCUGUGAUUUCGGCUCUUAUGUUUCUGUACAACAGUCAACUGUCCAUCAUUCCUGAUUUUGCCUCCGAGUUUCUUUGCAAAGCGGUUUCCAGGUUGGUCACCCAGGGCUUCAGCAAGCAAUCCUCACACCAACGCUCGUCUUACGACUCAACUUUGGUUCCACCUACCUUACCUAGAAUACCAGUGAACUCUGAAUUUUUGUUGGAGCUUCUCACUGCAAUUCACCAUGCACUGUACACUCCAUACUCAAGUCUGGCAACGCAAAGUCUAGAUGAUGUGCACUUUCGAGCGUCUCACGAACUCCUUACUGACGUCUUGCUAGUCACCACUGCAUUAAAGAACCUGCUCCAAUCUACAGGUAAGACUAUUAUUUCUAACUUGCCUCAUCAUAGAAUUAUAAUCUAUACAUUAUUCUCAGUUCCCAUGGGGGAAACUGCUGUGUCGGCAAAUAUAAGUCCGGUACUGAGCGGCAACACGGCUACGGCACACAAGUCUUUGAUCACGAACGCCUCGUUCCGCACGAAAAAGUUGCCAGACGACAUUCCAAUUCAAGACAAAAAGGAUGAUGGCGAGGCUAAAAAUUUAGAAUCUAUUUCCGAAGAAAAUCCCGAAGGGAAGCCAAAAGCGAAAGAGAGUAGCGGCAUUAAAGUCCCGAUGCCAAAGUUACCCAGCCUUGUAAAGAAAAGGACGUCUUCAGAUGCCAAAGCGCCCAAGGCGAACAAGAAGAAGGUCGAGAUCGAGGAGCAGAGCGAUGAAGUGAUGUUUUCGCCUGACUCUGACUCCCAGGAUGGAGGAGAGGCGUUCGACAUGAAAAAUAUGAGAGAUAGUCUGGUGUAACUUAAAAAUUCCUUGCUGUUUUAAAUGUUACGUAGUUAGAUGGCCUAAUUCUAAAUUUAAUACUUCUUGUGAACCUGAAAGAUCUCAAGUUAUUGCUCCCGUCUUACAACUGCAAUAAUAGUUGUUCAUGUUUCCUAACCUAUGUUCUAAUUUCACUGUAGGCGAGAUUUAAAAAUUGUUAACUCUGUUCAAAUCUAAUAAAAUAAACAUGUUGAUCGAUUAAAGCCAAA